AUGUUGAACGUAACCUUUCGGCUUGUUAUAAUAUUAUUAAUAAUUUCAAUCGCUUCAUCACUGUACUACAUCUACCAAACACGACUUUACGACAUAAGAGCAAAUCGCAAAAAUAGUAUUUCUUAUUUAAAUCAUACGGAGUUAAAGUAUAUCUUACAAUGGACAAGAAGGUUCAGCGCGCCAUUCGACUACCUCGAAGAAGGGAACAGUGUUUUUAUAAAACACAACUGCAAGUACACCAACUGCUUCGUAACAGACGACAGAAACUAUUUCCUAGACUUGAAAGACUUUCAAGCGAUUGCUUUUAAUGGAAGAGAUUUAGACAUGUGGAGUUUCCAAUUACCACAAGAGCGAACGCCGGAACAGAAGUAUGUCUUCGGAGCAAUGGAGUCACCUGAUUUCUUUCCAGCAUGCAAUGAAUAUUUAGAUGGCUUCUUCAAUUGGACGUGGUCGUAUAAACUCGAUUCUGACUUUCAAUGGGGGUACAUAACUAUUUAUGAUUUGGAAGACAAUCUAAUUGGACCAGCAAUUGAUAUGAAAUGGAUUGAGAAUAUGAAACCAGUAGAUAAUGCCUUAAAAACUAAACUAGAUAGUAAGAGUAAAGCAGUAGCAUGGUUUGUAUCACAUUGUCACACAAAGCGUGGCAGAGAAGACUUUGUAGAAGAUUUGGGAAAGGAGUUAGACAAAUUUGGAUGGAGUAUUGAUGUGUAUGGUAAAUGUGGGACUCUGUCAUGCCCCUUUAAGAGAGGGAAGUCUUGUUACAAGAUGUUAGAAAAUGAUUAUUACUUUUAUUUAUCAUUUGAGAAUUCAUUUGCUGAAGAUUAUGUGACUGAGAAACUAUUGACUGCUCUCAAUAAUUAUGCUGUGCCAGUUGUUUAUGGCGAUGCUGAUUAUUCAAGAUUUCUACCCGAGGGCAGUUAUCUCAAUGCAAUAGAACUUGGUCCAAGAAGACUUGCAGAAUUAAUGGAUGAAAUUAUUUUAAACAAAACUUUAUACUACAAUUUUUUUAAAUGGCGAAAUCAUUACAAAUACAAAAGUGCAGACCAUGUGAAUGCAUGUAGAUUGUGUGAACAGUUGAACAACGAUAAAAAAAUGAAAAAUAGAACUGUAUGGAGUGUUUUUAGGGAGUGGUGGAACGGUAAACGAUAUAUAGAAAACUGUUUUUAA